AUGUCCGACUCUUCCCUCUACCCGAUCCACCUCCUCAUGGAUGAGCUCAAGUCCGAGGAUGUCGUCCUUCGUCUCUCCUCUAUCAGGCGGUUAUCCACUAUCGCACUCGCCCUCGGACCUCAGCGGACGCGGGACGAGUUGAUCCCUUUCCUCCAGGACCAGCUGGAUGACGAGGAUGAAGUGCUCUUGGUUCUCGCCGAGGAGUUGGGCGGGUUUGCAGAGUAUGUCGGCGGCAAGGAGCACGCGUGGUGCAUCCUGGGCCCACUGGAGAACCUGGCGGCUGUGGAAGAGACUCUGGUCAGGGACAAGGCCGCGGAGAGCAUCUCCAAAAUCACCGUCCUCCUCUCUGCUCCGGUCCUCGACCAGCACUUCCUCCCCCUCCUCCGCCGUCUCUGCCAGGGUGACUGGUUCACUUCCCGUACAUCCGCCUGUGCUUUGUUCGCCGCACCCUACCCCACCGCCGCGCCCGAGACGCAGACCGAGAUGCGCCGCAUGUUUGCGACGUUGGUUUCGGACGAUACGCCCAUGGUUCGACGCGCUGCUGCCAAGGCCCUCGGACCCUUUGCGAAAGCCGCUGCCAAGGUCAAUGGCCAACACAACAUUCUCAUCUCUGAGAUCAUCCCCCUCUACCGCAAACUCGCGGCCGACGACCAAGACUCGGUCCGCCUCCUCACCAUUCCCGACCUCAUCGCGCUCGCACAGAAUCUCUCCGCUGCCGAGACAAAAGACCACCUCCUCGAGCCGCUCCGGGUCAGCGUUUCCGAUAAGAGCUGGCGCGUACGGUACAUGGUUGCCAACGAAUUUGUGGCGCUGGCCGAGGCGGUUGGAGAUGGAAUUGUGAGGGAGGAGUUGGUUGGCGCGUUUGCCGGCCUGUUGAAGGAUAAUGAGGCCGAGGUCAGGACCGCUGGUGCUGGACAGAUCCCAGGCUUUGCCAAGCUGGUCGACCGGGAAGUCAUCCUCGCUCGCUUCCUCCCCUGCAUCACCGAUCUGUCUACCGACUCGAGCCAGCACGUCCGCGCUGCGCUCGCUACCCAGAUUUCCGGGCUCGCCCCGCUUCUCGGUACCGAUGCGACCGUCCAGCACCUCCUCCCCAUGUUUCUCGCCCUGCUCAAGGAUGACUUCUCCGAGGUCCGCUUGAACCUCAUCAGCAAGCUCGAGCAGGUCAACAAUGUUAUCGGCAUUGAUCGCUUGUCGCAAGCGCUUCUUCCCGCCAUCAUGGAGCUCGCCGAGGACAAGCAAUGGCGGGUCCGUCAAGCCAUCAUCGAGUACAUUCCCCUCCUCGCCACUCAGCUCGGCGUGCAAUUCUUUGACGACAAGCUCGGCACGCUCUGCAUGUCGUGGUUGGGCGAUACCGUCUUUAGCAUCCGCGAGGCGGCCACCAUCAACCUCAAGCGCCUGACGGAUGUCUUUGGCGUGGACUGGGCAAGGACGACCAUCAUCCCCAAGGUCCUGGCCAUGGGCGAGCACCCAAACUAUCUCUUCCGAAUGACCACCAUCUUUGCCAUUACCACCAUGGCGACCAGCCUCAAUGUCCAAAUCAUCCGGGAUACCGUUCUCGAUGCGGCGCUCCAGCUCGCCUCGGACCCUAUCCCAAAUAUCCGCUUCAACGUCGCCAAGUGUCUCGAGACGCUUGCGGGGGUGCUUGCGGGUAGUCCGGAGGGGCAGGAGAUUGUCGGCAGGAAGGUCGUACCGGCGCUCAAGAAGCUCCAGGAGGAUACGGAUGCGGAUGUCCGAUACUUUGCAACAAAGGCGUUUGAGCGGACGACGGGGGAUGACUUUCAGAGGGGUGAACCAAUGGUAUUGUCGUGA